GGUGGCUCCAAAAAAAAGAAGGGGAAAAAAGGCUAUGGAAAAAUACAUUUCUUUGUCUGUGCUGCAUUUAGGAUGUGGUCAUGCCCCAGGAGCCUGGAGGUUGCUGUUGCGAAGUGCCUGAGCUCAGAGACCCAAUUUUAUUCAUGUAUAAACCUUCCUCCUGCUCCUCCUGAAGUGUGCUCCUCUGGUUUGCGUAGAAAAAUUUUUGCAAGAACUCUCCUGAGUAAGGUCAUUUAAGCAAGAGUCUGGUCACAGCUAUUUACAAGUUCAGGUCUUGACUGAAGUGAAUAAUUGAAUCACAUUGAGCCUCUGAAGUUUGCCUUUUAUUUAUAUAUUUCCCCCAAUUGUGUGGCUCGGUCUGCCAUUGGCUGCUGUCCCUGCAGCCUACCCGAGGGCUCUGCAGUUACAUAAGGCUCUGUCUGCUGGGAGCCUAUAUAAAGCCUUUUUGCAUGCCAGAAAGAGACAGAAUUUUAUCACGAUCCACGUCCCACCGCUUUAGUUCGCACGAGCAGGAAGAUUUGCUUGAAGAUAUCCUGAAAUUCAAACUCAGGCUGGUUUGUUUGCCAGCCAGUGCUUCACAGCUGUCAACCUGAGUCGCAAGUGGCAGCUACUGUGAGUAGCCUCUGUGCACGAUGAAGAAUUUUUCAUUUCCUAUGCAGGAUAGCACAUAUCAGACCGAGAGUCCUCCUGCUCACAGAUUCCUGAGUUUGACAAAUCAGUCAGAUUCUAUUGGAAGACCAGAAAGAGAUGAGCAAUUAGCUCAAGUAGAGAUUGCUGUACUGGGGGUCAUAUUUCUGACGGCGUCUGUGGGCAAUUUCAUUCUCAUACUGGUGCUGUGGCGAAGAAGGAAGAAGCUGUCUAGGAUGUACGUGUUCAUGCUUCACCUCAGCAUCGCUGACUUAGUGGUAGCCUUUUUCCAAGUGCUGCCUCAACUCAUAUGGGAUAUUACAGAUGUUUUCAUAGGGCCAGAUUUCUUGUGCAGAAUUAUCAAGUAUCUACAACUGCUGGGCAUGUUUGCCUCUACUUAUAUGAUAGUGGUCAUGACAGUGGACAGAUAUCAAGCCGUUUGCUAUCCUAUGGUCACUUUCCAAAAGAAGAGAGCUCUCUGGAACAUCCCCAUUUGCACCAGCUGGUCUAUGGCACUGGUUCUUAGCCUACCACAGGUAUUUAUCUUUUCUAAGACUGAAAUAUCUCCAGGUGUCUUUGAAUGUUGGGGUGAAUUUAUUCAGCCUUGGGGCCCAAGGGCAUAUGUGACUUGGAUUUUUGUAGUUAUAUUCUUCAUUCCCUCAGCAAUUCUUAUCACAUGCCAGGUCAAGAUUUGCAAAAUAAUCAGAAGAAAUAUAAAUCUGAAAAAGCAGAAUGAAUGUGAAGCAGCAAAUCAGAGCCAAGUCCUGCCGUCCCGAGCAAGCAGUGUGAACUGCAUUUCAAAGGCGAUGAUCAAGACAGUGAAAAUGACAGUGGUGACGGUUGUUGCGUACGUGCUCUGCUGGUCGCCGUUCUUCAUUGCGCAGCUGUGGUCCGUGUGGUUCCCCAGCAUCCUGACCGAAGGUUCAGCAUUCACCAUUAUAAUGCUCCUUGGCAAUCUAAAUAGUUGUGCCAACCCAUGGAUUUACAUGUAUUUCUGUGGCCAGAUUCCAUAUUGCACAAAUAAGCAGCUGGAGAAUACCUCAGCUCAAGAGGAAUCCGUGUUCACGGGGAGCAUUCAUCUCGUAGACAGAGACCCUGAGGAAAACAGUACUUCUGCAUAAAUGCUGAGCUUUUUGUUGUUUUGAUACAUUCCCUAUGAUCACAAGGCAUAUUGAUAUUUUACCACCAUCCCUUAUUUUGUGGAUAAGGAAGCUGAAAAAUUGUGGUUUUUUGAUGUAAAAAUAUAUUUCUCUGCAGUUCUGUAGCAAAUAUGGGAAGUUUCUGUGUUGCAAGCCUGACUCAGUGCUUCAAUCACCACUGUCUUAUCAGAAUGAAUUUCUGUAAAGACUGACAAAGAUACAUAAAAGUGUCUUAGCUUUUUUGUGUUCUAAAGUACUUCCCCAUCUGUGAUUCUGGAUUUCUAAGUAGUAACAUUUUACUACUACCUGGUCCAACAAAUUGAAACAUAAUUUAAAAGGAACCUGAUAUAAUUAAACUUGAAUAUGUUUUCAGAGUGAACCAUGAAUUGCUCAUCAUUCUGGUGUGAUUGGGGGACAGUGGCAAAUCUUAAGAAGGCAGCACAAAGUCAGAAAAAGCUUUUGUCUGCUCUUAUUAGCACCUGGUUUAAAUUAACUCUUUAUGUACAUUUAUAAAAUGCCAAGCAGCUUAAUAUAAUUUUUUAAAAAUUGUAUGCUUGUGACAUUGAACCUUCUACUUCAGGUUCAAAUUCCAUUGUGGAUCCCAGGUAGCAGCAGCAUAGCAGCAGUUCAGGAUUUUUGGCUUCAUACCAUGGGAUUUGAUUUUCCAUGCAUUUCCUGAUGUGCAAACAAUUAACUGGACACCUACACACCCCAUACACACACAUAUGCAUACUCUAAAUAAAAGUGGGUGCUAAUAGUGUACACUUUUAUUUGGCAUUAAGAUCCAUUUGUUCUAGCAUGGGAUUUAUUGGCAGAAAACCAAUUAUUAUCCCGUUCCUUAGUACCCCUUUAGGUUCAAAUUCAAAUAUUUCCCUUUGCUAUAAAAAUAAAUCUGCAUAUCUUUAUCUCAAAUGCCAUUUCGUUGCUGGUUUGUGGGUGUUCUAUGCAGGUAGUUCUUAAUUUCAUUUCAAUUUUUGCAAUCUGAUCAGAGGAAUAUGAGAGGAAUAUGAGCAAGGCUCUUUUAGGUAAGAAUGUAUCUGCAUUCCUAGGGACUCUUUGUGGCACUUACAUCUGGUGACAUGGUAAUGUAUCUAUGUUACAUUAUGUUUCAUCACAUUUCAGUUUUCUGAGUGCUAGCAGUCUCAAGUAUCAGUAGAAAAGCUAUAAAAUUGUGGGGUUUCAAUAGUCUUUUAAUUGUAGUCAAAAAUAUUGAUUUAAACGAAAUACUGAUCACACAGAAGUUUAAAUGUAUAACUUCUACUGAUUAUAUUUCUGCAUUGCUGAUAUAUUUGUUACUGGCUCUAUAAAUAAUUUGGUAGAGCUGUAUUUUGCAAAUAACAGUACCUUGAUGUGUUCAUUAAAAGUCUGAGAGCAAUGUUAACUGUCCCUAUAUCAGAUAUUUUGAUCAUGUAUUGAGUGAAAUAUCAAAACUUCUUCAGUUCAGUGUAGAUUGUUCACUGUCUAUAAUGUUCAAAACACCUACAUUUUUGUUUCUCAAAUGCUUUCUUUCUGAUUUUUCAUUUUCCUUCCCCUGACAUCAGUCCUGCUCUUAAAAAGAAAAUUAAAGGUUACUGUACUAUGGUGCAAACUACAGGCUAUGGAUAUUUUUCGUUUCAGUCUGUCAGGAGGCAUUUGAACACAGGUAUUCCUCCUUUUUUUCUUAGGAGAAGAAACUGGGCUGCAUUUUCCAGAUGACACUUAUCCCACAUGCCCUGCCCUGCCUGCCGCAUGGGUAGCGCUGACUAACAGUCUCAAUGGGCAGUUUGGUUCAGGUUUUCCAUCAAAGCUCAUUUUCAAAGGAUGGGAAAUUCAUUUGGGUAAUUUUCUCCUUUUCCUUUUUAUUUUUUUAAUCCUUAUAAAGUGCCCCUUACAAAACUUAUUUCUUAAAAAAAACCCAAAAAAUCAAAAAAACCAGACAAUUUAAAAAAAAAAUUCUUUUUGUGAAUUUAGCCAGUGUUCUUGGAAGUUGUAGUUGGAACAUCUUGUGCCCUUGUUUUACUCUGUAUUUUGAGUCUUCAUCUGAACUAUCUGUUUUUCAAUUCACUGCACUUAGAUUCCCAACAGGUAUUGCAGUAUCUCAUUAGGAGAGAGGGUUGACUUUGGCACAACACUGUAGUCUGGCCAAGGUGUUUAAUCCAUAUGGGAGAAUCAGUAACUCAAAUGUAUGAGUCCCCAGAGGCACUGUGGAAGCCCAUAAAAUGAAGAAAUCCAGUUAUCAGAUGAAAGCCUUUCUCAUCAAAGCCUAGAUUCUGUUUUCUCACACAAAUAAAUUCUGAGUAGAAAAAUA